GCUCCUGCGCUCCUGCGCGCUGCUCCGUGUGCGCAGGAGCGCAGACGACCGAGGAGCGCGUCGGUGCCACACGCGGAGCUGAAGAUGGAAACAAGGAGCUCUGCCGACAACGAAUCCCUCUGAGUCUCUGGGACCUGCAGGCGGAUUAUAAACGUCAUAUUCCGUCCGUGAGCGACCGAGGAGCAACUUUGCCACUGUUUCAUUACGAUUGUUCUUUAUUUUUUUCCCCCUUUCGGUGCAGAUCUCCAGUCAUCACCUGGCUGCUGCUUCAGCACACAGACACUACACGAUAAGUGAAAUGUGACUGGACAUUUGCUUCUCUCUGAGGGUGAGCUCGUUAUUAAUACCAAUAUCUUUUUUUAUGUUUUUUUUUUUUCGCACUCAUCGAUUCCUCUUAGGAUCCAAAUAGGAUUACACAUGUCACUUGUAAUAGGCUGGAGGAUGGAGGGGAUUUUCAAGUUUCUUUAAAUAAUGAACAUAUGACUUGUAUGUAAUUUGGUGGUGACUGUAUGGUCUCAAAGCAAAGAACUCCACCUGCAGAUGAAUAUGCUGAUUGUGACCUCCUGCAUCAUCAUGCACUUGUGAUGAAUGGACAAUUCAUAUCAAAGCGAACACACUUAAUAGUUUUUUUCUCUUCAUCAGGUCAAAAUGAAAUGACACUACAUGAGAAAAAAAUAAUUUCCUGAGCAGAAAGCCUUUCUCUUAUUUUGCUCCUCGCCGAGCAGCUCUCAUCCAAACACACACACACACACACACACACACACACACACACACACACCACGAGGAAGAUGUUCAAGGCUUUUCAGUGUUUUUCCAUCCAGCAACGUGUUCCUAUAGCUGUUGUUUGGUGGGCAACAGAGCCGCUGAUGCAGCCGCAGGCAGCCACAGCCUGUGAUAUUGUGUUUCUCUAAGCAGAUCUGAUUGGAUCCCUUUGAGGGAUUAAAGGUGUGAGGAGGAAGCGAGCACGAGGGAGGUGGUGGGGCGCCACGCAUAUGUUUUACCUUUUCCUCGAAGGUGAGAAAGUCUGUGGGUGGAUUAUGAGAUUCAGACAGCCACUCCCCGCAGGACUGGAUGUGCACGCUGCAAUCGGACUGCGCAGGGACCUGGGCUGAGCAGCUCCACGACUUCAGCGGAUUCAUAAGAUGUGGCGAAAGAUGUGGGAUGCCGGGAUCUACACACUUGUCUCCAGAAUCUUUUCCGCCCACGCGGACCCACAGAGCACGAGACUGGAACGCAGAACUUUGAUUUGAUGUUCUUGUUAAGGAUUUAACACCUUCUUUGUUUUGUUUUUCUUCUGAUCUUCACGCCUCGCUUUUUUCCUCGACACCGAAGUCCUCGAAUGGAUUUUAAUGAGGACCAAGGGGAAGUUGUGCAUUGAGCCCAGUCGGCGAGAGAUUUCCCCCUGCGGCGUGUUUGAUCCCUGGGGGAAAGCAGCAUGGAUCCGUCCCAGGACCGGCCGUUGGACUGGAGCUCAGUCCGGCCCAGCUUCUCCUCGCUGCUGCAGCAUGACGGCUCUCGGGAAAGCGCCAACCAAACCUACGGCUUACACGGCUCUAUGAUGCUGCCCCCCACCCUCAGCACCCCCACGGCAUCCCUCCAUCAACCUCUGCCCUCCCUGCAUCCCUCCUCCUUCCUUCCAUACUCCUCCCUGCUCCCCUCCCCCCUGCUCUCCACCACCUCCCCCCUAUCCAUUCGACAGACAUCCGCUGCGGUCCACCAGGCCUCCUUGUCCUCCUUCCCCCUGUCCCUGUCCACCUCCUCCUCGCAUGACUUGGCAGAUCUGGAGAGCAUGCUGCUCUGGACCCUCCACGAGCCCAGCACCAUCGCGCUCACCGUCAUGUACUGCCUGUCCUUCAUUCUGGGAAUCGUCGGGAAUCUGAUGUCCCUGCGCGUCCUCACCAACAGGCGCAACCGGCGGCUGGCCAGCGUCAGCGCCACGCGCAGCCUGCUGGUGAACCUGGCAGUGUGCGACCUGGCCGUGGUGUGUGUCUGCAUGCCCAUCACCCUGGGCAGCCAGAUCUACACGGCCUGGGUCUACGGGGACCUCCUCUGUCGAGCGGUGCCCUUCACGCAGGCCGUCUCGGUCUCCGCCAGCGUGUUGACGCUGACGGUGAUCAGUGUGAACCGUUACUACAGCGUCCAGUCGCCCCUGCGCGCCCGCUCCAUGUUCACCCGCCGCCGGAUCUUGGCCACCGUCGCCGUGGUCUGGGCGGUGUCCUCGAUCAUGUGCGCUCCCAUCGCCGUGGUGAACCGGCGGCGGGAGAUCAGCUUCGGGACGUUCGCCAUCUUGGUCUGUCAGGAGGAGUGGCCUCAGCAUCGGCUGAAACAGGGAUACAAUGUGCUACUGUUCAUGAUGCUCUACUGCCUGCCGGUGACCUUUAACCUCACCAUAGGCUUCCUGACCGGGAGGCGGCUCUGGGGCGGCAAAAAGUCCACCUUCGCCGACCUCGACCCCCGCAGCCAAGCGCUGCACUCCUCGCGCCUCAAGACGCGCCAGAAGAUCGCCAAGAUGGUGGUGUGCCUGGUGCUGCUGUUCGCCGUGUCCUGGCUGCCGCUGUACCUGGCCGACCUCUGGAUCGACUGCGAGCAGCGGCCGCCCUCGUGGCUGCUGCAGACGCGGCCGUUCGCCCAGUGGCUGGGCCUGACGAACUCCAGCCUCAACCCCAUCUGUUACUGUUUCAUAGGGGAUCUGUACCGCUCGGCGAAGGUGAUACGGACGCGAUACUACCAGAAAGUCGCCGCCCUCUUCGGCUCCGCCCCCUACUCCGGCUCAGCGGCGGUGGUGUCUCCUGCCGCAGUGGUCACAGACACCAAAGUGGCUGCUGCAGAGCGACGCCACAUUUCUGCCGCUGCCGUCGCAGCCUCCGCAUCCAUGGUUACGAUCCCCAGGCUGCUGAGCUUGGCUCGGGGCCAGGGGCUGGGGCAGAGGGUCAGAGACAGUUCAGACAACGCGGCAGGAUCCGACCACAGCAUCUCAGACUGGUGUCGCUCCAGUCCCAGUCUGUGGGACAGCUCUUUGUUCCCCUGCCAGCUCGACACGCUCCAGCAAUCCGUGCGCGGGGCCGAGUUCCUGCCCACGAGAAGACACUCGGUGAACGAGAGCGCCGGAUCGUUAACUUUACGGAUCGAGUCCGUGGAAGUAGACGUGCUGCCCCCGAGGAGGCAUUCAGGGGACAGAAUAUAUUGCCUGUCUGCUGAUAAGAGAGACACCAUUACCGUCGGCAGAGACGCUCUCCGUUCCACCGCGCAGUGCAAAAGGAAAACGUCGCAAGCCUACUCUCUGGUCGGAGACAAUGAGGAUGAAAUAACCGAUAUGACCAGCCUGUGAAAACUGCAGAUGUCUCUGAGGGAGGAAUUUUUCUUUUCCUUUUCUGUCCUGCAGGCAGCAAAUACACACACACACACACACACACACACACACACACACACACACGCGCACGCACACACACACGCGCACGCACACACACACACACACACACACACACACACACGCACACACAUGCACACGCAGACACACACACACACACACACACACUCAUGCAAGCACGCACGCACGCACACACACACACACACACACACACACACACACAGCUCCAGGGUCACAGUUUGCAGUUGAUAUUGCCUCUGUUUGUCUCCAUGAUGAACUGACCAGGUCGACGCUCUCCUCCUUCCUGUGUGUAGCGGCGUCCCUUUAUAUCACACAAAGCACAAGGGGAUCCAGGACCAAUGUUUGCACUGAUGAGCUCAUGACGGCAGGUUAGAGGCGGCCGUGAUGGAGUGAAUGCUGCAGGGGGGAGAGUCGCAGUGUUUUCAAGCCUUGGGCUAAGACAGCAGUUCAUCAGUAAAAAAAAAAAAAAAAAAAGGGGGGACGGAUUGCAGCGUUGCACCAUUACAGUCGAGUCGUGUCAUAAGCGAUUAAGCCGCUGCUCACAUUUGCUUAAGAACAAUAAACCCCGGCAGGAUGUAAAGUGUGAUUCUCUUCUUCUUCAUUUCUUCUUGCUCUGCUAUUGGUUGUACAGCAUUUGUUCCUGACAGGAAAUGUAAAGCCCCUUUUGUCACAAUGUCUGUGUAAAAGAGUUCCCGACAGAGCUUCGCAGGUUAACGUCCCCGUCGGUGUCGGCGGUCGGUUAGAGGACAUAUAUAUAUAUAGAUAUAUAUAUAUAUCUAUAUAUAUAUAUCGUGUGCCAGUUGUUCAAGUGUGAUAUGAGGGGAGGACGGAGAAUAAACUGUCUGCGAUGCAGAAAAUGGA